AUGGGAGUUUUCCACACAGGGGUUGGUGAUGAUGGCUACUGGUUUUGGGAGGAGCUGAGCGCGCUGGACGCGGAGCUGGGCGGGGCCGUUCGCACCUUCGAGGUGUGCUCGGGGCGGGGCGGGGGCGGGGCCGACUGGCUCCGGUCGCGCUGGGUGCCCCGCGGCGCCGCCACCACCGUGAUGGCCGAGAUCCGGUUCACCGUGAUGGCCUGCGACAGCCUCCCCGCCGCGCCCCGCACCUGCAAGGAAACGUUCUCGGUGUUCUACCACGAGUCCGACGCCGACACGGCCACGGCCACGUCCCCUCCGUGGAUGGAGAACCCCUACGUCAAGGUGGACACGGUGGCCGCCGAGCACCUGGCGCGGCCGGGCGGGCCCCGGGGCCGCGUCAACCGCAAGGUGCUGCGGCUGGGCCCGCUGAGCCGCGCCGGCUUCUACCUGGCCUUCCAGGACCUGGGCGCCUGCAUGGCGCUGCUCUCCGUGCGCCUCUUCUUCCGCCGCUGCCCCGCGGCCACGGCGCGCCUCGCCCGCUUCCCCGCCACCGUGCCCGCCGAGCUGGUGGCGCCCGUGGCCGGGCAGUGCGUGCCGGGCGCCGUGCCCGCCGCGCAGGGCUCGCCGCUGAUGUACUGCCGGGAGGACGGGCGAUGGGCCGAGCCGCCUGCCCUGGGAUGUGUGUGCGGGGCUGGGAUGGAGCCGAGCGAAGGGACUGGGUGCCGAC